AUGAAGCUCAGGAAGGCUUCCAAAGCUAAGGCGCCAGUUCAAUCAGGUCAGGGGAAGCGGGGCCAUGGGUGUGGUAAGCCUCUCGGCGCAUCUGUAUUCAUCUUCGGUCUCUCAACCCUUAUCUACGCCUUCACCUUCCUCUGUAAUGAUGCGUCUGGCUGCCCUGCUCCGUCGCUGCUCGAUCCAUCGACAUUGUCCCUCCAUAAGUUAAAGGAGGAAGUUAAUUGGCCCCAAGACGGUCUCAACGCUUUUUUUGACAUCCAAGUAACACUGUGGGUGCUGAGCUAUUACUUGCUCAGUCUGGUUCUGUUCGUGUUUCUACCUGGUGAGGUGGCUGAGGGCACAGAAUUGGCCUGCAAAGGAAGGCUUCGCUACAAGUUCAACGCUUUUUCUUCUGCCGUUUGGAUCCUCUCUGGUUUAGCUCUGGGCACAUGCAUGUACGGUGCUGAUUUCAUUAUAUGGGUUUUUCUAUGGGACAACUACUUGCAGAUUAUCACGGCAAAUUUGAUCAUCUGCAUAGUCCUCGCAACCUUUGUUUAUGCAAAAAGUUUCUCGGUCCCUGAGCCCGGUCAACCCAAUCCCGAACUAAGAGAGUUGGCGCCGGGUGGCCACACCGGAAAUGCUCUGUAUGACUUCUUCAUAGGCCGGGAGCUGAAUCCGCGGGUACAACUGCCUAUUCCUUUUGUCGACGAAGCCUCACGGACGGUUGAUAUCAAUGUAUGGUGUGAGAUGAGGCCAGGACUGCUUGGGUGGAUCAUAUUGAACUUGUCCAAUAUGGCCCGCCAAUACAGAACGUAUGGCUACAUCUCAAACUCUAUCGCACUCUCGACCGCAUUCCAAACCUUCUAUGUGCUGGAUGCGCUAUACAUGGAACCAGCAGUUCUAACCACUAUUGAUGUGAUUAUGGAUGGAUUUGGUUAUAUGCUUUCAUUUGGACACCUGGUGUGGGUACCCUUCAUCUACAAUCUCCAAACCAGAUACCUUGCGGUUUUCCCAUUGGAAUUGUGCUUGAGUGAUAUUCUGUUAACUUUGACCAUUACCGGUGUGGGAUACUGGAUCUUCCGCGGCGCCAACAAUCAGAAGAACCGUUUCCGUACGGACCCCGACGACCCCCGUGUGAAGCAUAUUCAAUACAUCCAGACAUCAAGUGGCUCUAAGCUGAUGAUUUCCGGCUGGUGGGGAUUAGCGCGCCAUAUCAACUACUUAGGCGACUGGCUAAUGUCGUGGUCGUAUUCAUUGCCCACCGGGAUUGCUGGCUAUACCAUGGUUGAAAGUAUUAACAGCGCUGGCGACGUACAGAAGCAGGCUAUACAGACCCCUGAAGUCCGCGGGUGGGGAAUUGGUUUCACUUACUUCUUCAUGCUUUAUUUCGGUGUCCUCCUCAUCCACCGGGAGGGACGUGACGAAGAGAAGUGCAAGAGGAAAUAUGGCGCCGACUGGAAGCGCUAUACGUCUAUUGUUCGCAGCCGCAUCGUCCCCGGUAUCUACUAG